AGUGCAUUUAUCUUUGUACAAUUCCACGCCUUUUGGAUUUUUAUGUGCUAAAGAAGCUGUACUAAAUAAACGAGAAUUGCAGACAUCAAUGGUAUUCUAGCUCAAAGAGUUUGCGAUUCACUAAAAAACAAUUGGUGACUAAUCUUUCUUUAUCCCCACGACGAUAAGGCACCCAACAACUAUCAUUGAGUCUAGUGUUCAAAAAGAAAGAGAAAAACUAUCACUGAGUCUAUAAAGUCCUGUUCAGAGCCCUCACGCCAAACGCAGAGACCGACACAACAGUGCAAACAGCACAACAAUCGCAGCCCCUCCUUCGUUAUUCCUACACUACACCUCCGCGGCUCGCGGCAUUCCUCCGUGGUCACCUCCGACGAGCUGAUGGGGUGCAAGUCGUGCCAGAAGCCCAAGGCGCAGCACCGGAAGGGCCUGUGGUCGCCCGAGGAGGACCAGAAGCUCCGCGACUUCAUAGUCUGCUACGGCGACAGCUGCUGGAGCACCGUCCCCGUCAAGGCCGGGCUUCAGCGGAACGGCAAGAGCUGCAGGCUGCGAUGGAUUAACUACCUGAGGCCGGGGCUGAAGCACGGCAUGUUCUCCCGGGAGGAAGAAGAGACCGUCAUGAGCCUCCACGCCACACUCGGCAACAAGUGGUCUCAGAUAGCGCAGCACCUGCCUGGCCGGACGGACAACGAGGUGAAGAACUACUGGAACUCGUACCUCAAGAAGCGCGUCGAGGGUGCGCGGUCACCAGCCAAGCCCGCCGCCUCGGACGCGCCCCGGACGCGGAGCCCGACGCCCAGCGAGAGCGGCCGCGAGCGCAUCACCGUUGACCAGCCGUCCAACUCCGGCUCAUCCGGGCCGCUCGAGUCGUCGUCGACGGCGGACGAGUCAAGCAGCCUCACAGUCCCAGGAGCUGCCGCCUCGAUCCGGCCGCACGCGCCGGUGCUCCCCAAGGUCAUGUUCGCGGACUGGCUCGACAUGGACAUGGACUACGGCCCCGGCCUGAUGGCACCGAGCGCGCUGGACGCGGCCUUCGACGGCAGCCCGGCGCAACAGGGCGUGAGCCACCAGGGGCCCCUGCGGGUGGAGGGCCUGUGCGGCGCCGUGGACUCGUUGCAUGGGCUCGGCAACGGCAGCCUCUGCUGGGAGUUCGACGCGGACCAGAUACAGGGCGGAGGAGGGCUCUGCGACCUGCUCUCCAUGAGCGAGUUCCUCGGGAUCAACUAGGCGACACCUCCCGAACAGGGCAAUGGUGUGCCUCUCCAGCCAGUCAUUGUUGGUCACUGACAAGAAGUUCUCAAGGCCACGAUUCAGUCGGACCAGCGCCGUGGAGAAGAAAUCGUUUGAAGUCGUUGUUGCCGGAAAACCCACAUAUCCAAGAUCUCAACCUUAAAAGAAAAACUCACAUGCCUCUCGACGGUACCGGAGGCCGCACGACGUGAUGAAGAGGAGGCGGAGGAACAAAUUGCAUAGGAAAAUUGCGGUCAUCGUCACGCUAACAAAGUCUGCAAACCCUAACAUUGUCGGCCAAACUGACUGGAAUGAAAAUAUGCCAACGUGCCAUAGAUGUUUUUUACGGAACCUUGUCAGAGGGCCAGGUGCUUUGGCUUUGCAUUAUAGAAAAAGAGAGUUGAUCCCGUUUA